AUGAGUAGGGCCUGGGCGGUUGUGGAAUUAGGUGUAAAACUACCAGCUAAAGUUAAAUUAGAUGAAAUUCGUGAAAUACUUUCAAAAUAUCGAGCGUUUCAAAAUGUUACAAAACUUGAGAUGCUGGCGAUAAAAUAUACCGUCAAGAUUAUAUGCUGUCCUAAAUAUCAUUGUGAACUAAACGCAAUUGAAGGUCUUUGGUGCAAUGAAAAGGCAUUUGUUCGUUCACGUACAGAUCAAAGUUUUGAAAAAAUGAUAAAACUAAUAUCGGAUUCUCGGACACAUUUUGUCGGAGGAAAAAUUGCAUUAAAAUUAUUCCGGCGUUUCUGGCGUUCAAUCGAAGCAUAUUCGCAAGGUCAGACAUAUACUGAUGUAUUAAAACAGUUUUUCAGUCAACUCUGCAAAACAUCAGUUCAAUCACAUCGUAGAAUAUCAAAUACAAACAUAAACGAACAUUAA